AUGAAGUCCGACUCACCUCUUGAUUGUGCUGUAUUCCAAUUGUCUCCGAGGCGUUCAAGGUGUGAAUUGUUUGUUUCAAGGGAUGGCAACAGUGAGAAACUAGCAUCAGGAUUAGUAAAGCCAUUUGUGGCCCAUUUAAAGGUUGCAGAAGAACAGAUUGCACUAGCAGUCCAGUCAAUUAAGCUAGAAGUUGAGAGAGAUAAAAAUGCUGAGACAUGGUUUACAAAAGGAACACUUGAAAGGUUUGUGCGGUUUGUUAGCACCCCAGAGGUUUUAGAAAUGGUCAAUACCUUUGAUGCAGAGAUGUCACAAUUGGAAGGAGCACGACAAAUAUAUUCUCAGGUAACAACAGAUGCUAAAUUUAUGAGCUGGCGAGCCACUGCAGCAGCCGAAGUAACUAAGAAGGAACUACUAAGGGCUAUUGAUAUACGACUUGGUGCUGUUAGGCAGGACUUAACUGCAGCUUGUGCUCGUGCUUCGGCUGCUGGUUUUAAUCCUGACACUGUUUCUGAACUGAAACAUUUUGCAGAUCGAUUUGGUGCUCAUCGCUUAUAUGAAGCUUGCAGUAAAUAUAUGUCAAUGAACGAAAGUAGAGGAUGGAAGAAGGAUGAUGAGAGGGAAAUGCGAUCAUCAGUUGGGUCAGACGUGUCUAUUGACGAGGCUGAAGCUGCCACGUGGCAAGAAAAGAAGGAGGCGCAGCGGCUGAGCGUGCAGGAUCGAAUUUCUCUGUUCGAAAUUGGAGUUGGAGUUGGAGCUGGAGCUGGAAAGUCAGUGUUUCGAAGAUGGAGUGACAUUAGCAUUGAUGUGAGGGGUGACACUGACACCAAAUGCCCAAGUUCCUUGUGUACUCCGCCAUCUUCAUUUUCUGUUUUGCAUGCCACCUCUACAACUACAGCUACAAUUGCAGCAAUUACGGCUGAGGCUCAGGUGACGAAGGACUCUUCAUUCUCUAUCCAACACCAACACCAACACCAAAUUAAGGUUGAGGAUGAGGAUUCCGGCUCUGAUUCUGAACACCAACUCCCACUCCCAAAAAUGAAGUACCACAAGCCCCAGCCUCAACAAAUCAGCAACUCACGCACUAACACCCAUGAAACUAGUGAGCUAAAUCUUCCUGCUGAACAAGUUUACGAGGUAACCUCAACUGUUCCUGCUCCUUUAGAGCAAGUUCGGCAUUCUAAGGGUAAGGGGGUCCAUCACGAUCAUGAACUCAAAAUGAAGGCAGAUGAGCUUGAAAAGGUUUUUGCUGAGCAUAAACUGUCUGCUUCUGUCUCUGUGCGGAGAAUUGAGCCCCUCGUCUCCACCCCUCACUUGCAUUCCACAAACACUCUGCUUCAACCAACUCGAGAUGAUGCUUUAAGCGACAGUUUCUCAGAUCUCAACUUUGUUGAUGAUUCUAGAGGAGUAUUUUAUGACAAGUACAUGAAGAAGAGGAAUGCUAAACUUAGGGAAGAAUGGAGUUCCAAGAGAACAGAAAAGGAAGCCUCCAUGAAGGCCAUGCACGAUAGUCUUGAGCGGAGUAGAGCUCAGAUGAAGUCCAAGUUCUCAGCAUCAGGUGCUCACAAACCAAAUAUUAAGAGAGACCAGCAUCCAAUAGAUUCCCUUCAGAAUGAGAAGGAUGAAGAUUUUUCUGAAGAAAAGAUUUAUGGACAAGAUAGCAUAUUUAGUGAAUCAACUUUUGGAGAUGGUGGUUCAAGGCAAAGCAAGAAAAAUUUGCCUAACAGUAACAGACGUAUAUCUUCAGGCACACCUCGCUCAACAAUCUCAUCAGCCAAGAUUUCCAAUUCCAGUUCUGGCAGUGGCAGGCGAAGAGACAGUCCUCUUACUCAGUCUGUUCCAAACUUGUCUGAUUUAAGAAAAGAAAAUACACAGCCUUUUUCUGGAGUCAGUAAAACACCAACCCACCCUCAGGUGAGAAACAAUGCCCGUAGCAAAGGCGCUCAUAUCAAGGAAGAGAAGCCAAAGCGACCUCAAUCUAUACGGAAGAGUUCUGCUAAUCCUGCAGAGUUCAACAAUUUGUCCCCUUUGAACUCAGAUGGGAUUGUUUUGGCUCCAUUGAAAUUUGAUAUGGAGAAGACUGAUCAAUUACCAAGGUCCUUACUUAAAAAGGGCUAUGGCCUAGGCACUGGUGCUAUCAGGAUGAAAGCAUCAAUGGCAUCUGAUAUCCUGAAAAAUGAAGAAUUUCAUGAACUGGUAUUUGAUGUGGAAGAUUCUCUGGCUAUAGCCAGAAAGGAGCAGGACGAGAUUGAAACUAUGACUAAAAGUGGAAAGGUGACACUGAGCCUCCUAUCUGAGAAAUCUGGGUCUAAAAUUGGGGAUUCUACGAGGUCAAUUUCUCAAGUAGACCCUGUUUCAGCUGCCAAAAUGCCUGCUGUUAUGCCAUCAUCUUUCAAUGGUGUGGGAUCUCUGCAGGACUCACCAGUUGAAAGCUCCUUGUUAUGGAAUUCACGCAUUCCUCAUCCUUUUUCUUACCCUCAUGAGUCCUCUGACAUUGACACUUCUAUGGGUUCUCCAAUUGGAAGCCCUGCAUCUUGGAAUUCUCAUUCCCGUACCCACAGUGAGUCUGAUACUGCUCGAAUGAGGAAAAAAUGGGGAAGUUCCCCGAAACCUGUUCUUGUUGCUAGUUCAUCCCAAAAUCAGCCCCGUAAGGACGUAACUAAAGGGUUUAAACGGUUACUGAAUUUUGGGAGGAAAAAUCGUGGGUCAGAGAGUUUGGUUGACUGGACCUCUGCUACUACUUCUGAAGGAGAUGAUGAAACCGAAGAUGGCCGAGAUCUUGCUAACCGGUCAUCAGAAGACUUGAGGAAAUCAAGAAUGGCAUUCUCUUAUAGUCAUCCUCCUGAUGAUAGCUUCAAUGAAAGUGAGCUGUUCAACGAACAAGACCAAUCCUUGCAAAGCUCCAUCCCGGCACCUCCUGCUCAUUUUAAAUUUAGGGAUGACCAUAUGUCAGGAAGUUCAUUAAAAGCUCCCCGAUCAUUUUUCUCUCUCUCAUCUUUCCGAAGCAAGGGUAAUGACUCAAAGCUCAGAUAAAUGUCAGCAAGCGUGCUGUCAAGUAAUUUGGAUCAUCUUCAGUGAUAGGGUGUAAAGGACAUUCUUAAGUAUGAGACAUAAAUGAGAGGUAGGCAUGAUAUCAUGAGCUAUAUAAAAGAUUUAUGAUGGGGUUAUGUAUAUUUUCAUGGAUUCAUGAGGUUUUUCCUUGUGCAUUAGUUAGUACGGCUGAUAAUU